AUGGUGGCCGCGUUCGACACCGCGGGCGCGAUCUCGCGCGAGAUCGUCGGCCACAAGAAGAAGGUCCACUCCGUGGCGUGGAACCGCGCGGGUCGGAAGCUCGCGUCCGGCUCGGUCGAUCAGUCCGCGCGCGUGUGGGACGUCGAGCACGGCGUGCAGAGCGGCAAGGAGAUCGAGCUGAAGGGCCACAGCGACAGCGUGGACCAGCUCACGUGGGACCCGUCGCAGUCGGACGUCCUCGCGAGCGUGAGCGCGGACAAGACGCUGCGGAUAUGGGACGCGCGCGCCGCGGGCGGGUCGAGGUGCGUCGCGAAGGUGGACACGUCGGGGGAAAACAUCAACGUCGCGUGGUCGCCCGACGGCGGCACGAUCGCGGUCGGCGACCGCGACGACGUCGUCUCCUUCGUCGACGCGCGGAAGCACAAGAUCAUCAAGACGACCAAGUUCCCGUUCGAGGUGAACGAGAUCGACUGGGACAACGCGGGCGCGCGGUUUUACCUCACGACGGGGCUGGGCACGGUGGAGGUUCUAGAGUUUCCCUCCAUGACCGCGGCGCACACGAUACACGCGCACACCGCGGGGUGUUACUGCAUCGCGUUCGACCCCACGGGCGCGCACUUCGCGGUCGGGAGCGCGGACGCGCUCGUGUCCAUCUGGGACGCGAGGGAGAGCGCGUGCGUGCGGACGGUGCCGCGGUUGGAGUGGCCGGUGCGGACGCUGUCGUUUUCAGCGGACGGGACGUACCUCGCGAGCGCGUCGGAGGAUCUGUUCAUCGACAUCGCGGACGUCGCGACGGGGGAGUGCGCGCAUAAGAUCACGACGAGGGCGGCGUCGAACGCGGUCGCGUGGUCGCCGACGGAGCUGUUGCUGGCGUACGCGGGGGACGACAAGGCGGGCGAGGGGGGCGGGCGCGAGGGCACGAUUCGAAUCUGGGGCAAACCAGGAGCGAGGAGCGACUGA